AUGAGUUUCGGAUUCGGUGUCGGCGAUUUCCUGACGGUUAUCGAGUUAGCCAACAAGAUUCGGAGAGACUUUGCAGAUGCCCCCGAUCAAUUCCGGCAACUGACCGAUGAGGUCAGAAAUCUCACCACUGUUCUGAAUGAUGUCCUUGUACUCCUCGAUGAACAUGAUCUGUCCGAAAAGCAGACGAUAAGCUUGCGCGAAAUCAAAGAUAGUUGUCAGCAUGUCUUGGAUGAUAUUAAAAGAGUUGCCGAAAAAUAUUCCACUCUAGUACCACAAGAUACGACUGUAAAACGUCGAGCAAAGAGAGUAUGGAAGCGCUUCAAAUGGGAUCCUAACGAAGCUCGCGACUUGAGAAGUCGAAUCACUUCCAAUAUCACGGUUCUCCAGUCCUUCACAGCAGCUAGAACCGACAAUACUAUUCUCAGAUUGGAACAACGGCAAGGUCGGCAGGAGUACCGGCAAGAAGUUCAAGAUAUCCUCGACUGGUUGACUCCCAUUGAUGCUGCCCCACAACAGGCAGACUUCAUCCGUCGCCGACAACCUGGGACAGGUCAAUGGCUCCUUGAAUCGCUCGAAUAUAACAAAUGGAAAGCGUCAAAGGGGGAAAUCUUGUUCUGCCGUGGCAUACCGGGAGCGGGCAAAACUAUCCUGUCCUCGAUCGUAGUGGACGAUUUACAGAAAUGUCACGACGCCGAGGAUGUUGCCGUAUGCUAUUUCUACUGCAAUUUUCAGCGUCAAGAAGAGCAAAGAAUCGAAAACAUCGUGUUAAGCUUUGUCAAACAACUAGCUCAGGUUGCUACCACCAUACCUGCGUGCCUUAAGGCUCUCUUCGAUAAACACAAGGCACAACGGAGCCGGCCCAGUUCGAAGGAAGCGAUAGAAAGCUUGCAUUCUAUAUCGAGGACAUUCUCAAAGGUCUUCUGUGUUGUUGAUGCACUUGAUGAGUGCCGGACCGUGGAUGGAUGUCAACGACAACUUAUCGAAUACUUGAUCGACUUUUGCACCAUUACCGACGCUGAAAUAAUAGCAACAUCUCGUCCGAUUCCCCAUAUUGAGGAGAAAUUCAAGAACUUUGUUUCUUUAGAAGUUCUUGCCAGCUCAGCAGAUAUUCGGAAGUACAUCGAAGGGAACAUACAAGAUCUUCCAGGCUUUGUCAGUCGCAAUCCAACCUUUGUCGACGAGAUUACAGAUGCAAUAGCUGAAGCCACACGCGGCAUGUUUCUUUUGGCAAAACUUCACCUCGAUUCUCUUAGGGGAAAGCGAUCACCCAGAGAGCUUCGAAAAACCUUGGGGGCCCUAGCCAGAGGAAAUAACGCAUAUACGGAAGCCUAUCGUACUACCAUGUCACGGAUUUGCGGACAGCUCCCGGACCAAAAAGAACUCGCCAUCCAAGCGUUGAAAUGGAUUGUUUAUGCAAAAAGGGAAUUAUCGACAAUUGAGCUUCAGCACGCCCUCGGAGUGGAAGUUGGCGAAUGUGACUUCUUUGACGACAAUAUCCCAGAUCUACAGGACACGAUUGCUGCAUGUUGUGGAUUGGUCACAGUUGAUGAAACGAGUGCAGUCGUUCGACUUGUGCAUUACACUACCCAAGAGUUUUUCGAAGACCAAGGACGCUCUUAUCUUCCUGAUGCACACGACGAGAUCGCGAGUACGUGUGUCACGUAUCUUUCCUUUGAAGCUUUCAAGAGUGGCCCAUGUACAGAAAGGCGGGACCUUGAGGAACGACUCAUUCACUUCCCUCUCUACGAUUAUUCUAGCCGUUUCUGGGGAUUUCAUGCACAGUAUUCGCAAGAUGUCAAAGCUUUACACUAUUUCCUUGCUUUGCCCGCUCACGUGGAAGGAUCGAGUCAAGUUCUGCUGGCUGGCGGGAGAUACUUGAGUGACAUUUACGGAAUUCCCUCUCAAGUGACUGCUCUGCACUUGGCAGCCUAUUUCGGCCUGGCUGAGUAUCUAGCCACAAUACUUCAGAGUGCAACGAGUAUAGAUCCUCGGGAUAGCCACGAUCGGACGCCGCUGUCAUGGGCUGCCGAGCAUGGCCACGAAGAGACUGUGCGCUUGUAUCUGGAAAUGACUGCUCAAAUAGAUGUUGCAGAUAAAUACGGCCAAACGCCGCUAUUUCACGCCGCCAAAAAGGGCCACGGAAGGAUUGUACACCUGCUUCUGGAAAAGAAUGCGGAUAUCAAUACCUGUGAUGCCAAGUUCGCCCAAACGCCGCUUUUGUACGCUGCAAAAAAUGGCGACGAAGAGAUUGUGCGUCUGCUUCUGGAAAAGAAUGCUCAAAUCGAUAUUGCAGAUAAACACGGCGAAACGCCGUUAUCGCAUGCUGCCGAAAAGGGCAAUAAAGGGAUUGCACACCUGCUUCUGGACAGAAAUGCUCAGAUCGAUCAAAAGAGCAGAUUGAAACAGACACCUCUGCUAUUGGCUACUAAGAUGGGCCACAAAGAGAUUGUGCGCAUGCUUCUAGAUAAAAAUGCUCAAACCGAUAUUACAGAUAUAUUCGGCCAAACGCCGUUAUCAUAUGCUGCCGAAAAUGGCAACAAAGAGAUUGCACACCUGCUCCUAGAGAAAGGUUGUCAAAUCGAUGCAACAUCCGGGUUCGGCCACACGCCUCUGUCGUUCGCUGCCAGAGAUGGCCACACAGAGAUGGUGCGCCUGCUUCUGGAGAAGAAUGCUCAAGUCGAAUCCCAUAAUAUGAAAGGUUAUACGCCGCUAUCGUGGGCUGCCGAGUAUGGCUACAAAGAUAUUGUGCGUCUGCUUCUCGACCAUGGCGCAAGUAUCGUUGAGGUCAAGUCCGGAAGCAGCCCACCAUUCUUGGCAUUAAAAGAAGCGCAUAUGGAUAUACUUCAACUUUUCAUCGAAAAUGGAGCUUCUGUCGAAAUGACUGAUACACGUGGCUACACAAUGUUGGCUGUGGCUGUCGAAUAUGGCCAUCGAGAUAUCGUUGAAUUCCUACUAAACCACGGAGCCAAUGUCCACAUGGUCACAAAAGCAGGUGAAACAGGUUUACUUCUAGCUUCCAAGUACGGCUAUAACGAAAUUGUUGAAAUCCUCCUCAAGCAGGGCGCUAUGGUUGAUGCGAAGGACACUGGCGGACGGACCCCUCUGAUUUGGGCAGUUCAAGAGGGUGAGUGGGAGGUCAUGGAAUUGUUGCUUACUGCCGGUGCCGAUUGUCAAGCCACGGACACGUACUUCCGAUCUGCUUUCACCUAUGCAGUGAUAGGAGGUAACGUUGAAGCUCUUGGCUCUUUGCUUGCGGCAAGUCGCGUUCAACCCAAUGAAAGAGAUUUUUGGGGUUCAACAGCUGCAUCCUUUGCCGUACGUCUUGGCCGGUUGCCAGUAUUCAUGAAAAUUGCCAAUCUCCCUGGUGUUGACUUGCUCUUGGAAGAUUCUUUCGGGCGGACGCCACUUUGGUGGGCUCUGAAGCAAAACCGCGACUCUAUGGCGGAGCACAUUAUGGAAUGCACCCAGUCUUCGUACCCAUAUGGGUCAUCAAAGCAUCCGCGCCUGGGUGAACCGAACACCUUCAUUGGUUAUGACAAGGAGUGCAUUGUCUGUUUAUGUUAUCUAGACAGCUCGCACUACCAAUGCAACCGUUGCACGGAAAAGCUCGUUAGGGUCUGUGGAGAGUGCUAUGAUUUGGGGGCUCGCUGUCUGUCGAAAUCACAUUCUCUUGAGAUUGGAUAUUGA